AUGUCGUCGUAUGCGCUGCUGAAUCCGCUCAACCUGCCGUCGGGCGCGGCGCUGUUGCCGUCGCCGGGUGCAGGCGGGAGCGGCAAGAGCGGGUUCCCUGGAGCGGGCGGAGGGCACGGAGGGCGUCGGGGUGAGCGCCAUGAAUGGGCUGGCACCGAGGAGAGCAGGUCGGACGGCGGCAGUGAGUCAGAGUACGGUUCGGAAGGCUCCGAGUACUCGCACGGCCCGCCAGAGCUGACGCCGGCGCAGCGGCGGGCAGAGGCCCGCGGCGUGGCCCGGGCCGCUGUCGACUCGCUCGUCUCGUUUGCAAUCGACUACGCGACGGCGCCCCCGCCACCGCUUGAUGCCCGCAUCUGGGCCGCCGGCAUUGUCGAGGCGAAUGGUCCGGUGCUUGAUGGCAAACUUGAGGGUGAGGGCGAGGCCGUGUUUGUCUCGGGCGCCUUGUACGUGGGCGCAUUUCACGGCGGCCUGCUCCACGGCUCGGGGAGGUACACCUGGCCCGAUGGCGUGGUCUUUACCGGCACCUUUGAGCAUAAUGUCAUUACUGGUAGCGGGCGGUUUGAUUGGCCCGACGGCUCGUGGUACGAGGGUGAGGUGUGUGACGGCCUCCGCCAUGGCCACGGCGUGUUUGAGGCACCGGCGCUCGGGCUCCGAUACGAAGGCGCUUGGGUCGAGGGCCUCCGCCAGGGGGACGGCACGAUGAGCUAUGAUGGCUCCAGCGCGUGUGUGUACUCGGGCUCAUGGGCGCGCGACGCCAAGCAUGGCAAAGGCACCAUGCACUAUGCCUCAGGCAACGUGUACCAGGGCGAGUGGUUCAACAACGUCAAGCACGGGACCGGAACCAUGCUCUGGCUCUCCUCCGGCCAGCAGUACACUGGCGAGUGGCGCAAUGGCGUGCCGUAUGGCACUGGCGAGCACACCUGGUUUGUGCAGCGCUCGGCGCGCUCGCAGUUUAUGCUCCGCAACAAGUACGUCGGUGCCUUUGUCGACGGUGCCCGCCACGGCUUUGGCACCUUUACCUACGCGUCGGGUGCCGUGUACAAGGGCUCGUGGCGAGCAAAUGUCAAGCAUGGCCGCGGCGUGUUUGCCUUUGAGGACGGCACCGUCUUUGACGGCACCUUUGACAACGACCGCAUGGUCGACGCCUCCGGCAACGAGAUCACCCGCGCCUCGCUCAACGCGGCCUCGCCGCUCAACCGCGCCUCACACUCUCUCUUGUCGUCGUCGUCGAUUGUGCUCCUCAUCUCGGACCUUUCGUCGAUGCUCAUCUUAGCGUCGCUGCAGGCGCUGGCUGAGCCCGGCGGCAAGCCGCCGGCGAUCCCGUCGCAAGCCCGGUUGGAGCGGCUCUCCACCGCCAUCCAGACCCAGCUCCAGAAUGCACUCCUCCGCCACAUCUCGCACCUCCGGCGAGUUUACAAGUACUACUCGAUGCUAGGCACGUUUCAGGAUGACGCAGUCUACCACAUGGACCGCUUUCUGCUUUGGAAACUUCUCGUCGAUGCCGGCAUCCCGUCGGACGCAUACUCGCUCGCAGACAUCGACCGGCUCCUGGCCAAGCCGUAUGCGCACUCGGCCAUCCAAGCCGAGCUGUACACCCAGCCACAUGCACCACAUGCGGUCGUCCUCCUCCGCGACUUUCUCAACACUCUUGUUCGCAUUGCGCUCUUCCGCCUCAUGAUGAGCCCGCCCGACCCGCCGCCGGCUAUCGCGCUCGUCAAGCCGGGCUCAGACGCCACGUGGGCCAAGCUCCUCGCCAUGCUCGAGGGAAAGCCGGGCCUGGCCUUUGAGUCGUUUAUUGUCGACCACGUGGCCAGGGUCCUCGACGGCCAGUCGAGCCUGCUCGCCCGGGCCGCCGAGCGAUCUGCUGCCCUCUCGCAGCUCUCCGCACAGCGGCUUGUCGACGCCGCAACGCUCACUCCUUCCGAGGAGCGUGAUGUCAUUCUGGCGCGCAUGCAGCUCUCCGAGCACGCCGCCGCCCGGCAUGUCGGCGCUGCUGGGUACGACGGUGCUGAGCUCAAGUCGUACGACCGCCGGUCGUCGGUCAUAGCCGCGCCGCGCGCCUCACCGCUCGCCCGUGUCAUGGCGUCGGCCUCAAGUGCGCUCAACAAGUCAGCGUCCGCCGCGCUUGGCGCCGGCCGCAAGAAGCGGUCGAGCCACGGGCGGUCAGCCGCCAACGGCUCGUCGUCGAAGUCGGCCAAGACAUCGUCGCACAAAAAGUCACGCAAGUCGUCAUCACGCGCCAAGCGCUCGCGUUCCCGCGAGCACGGAGCGCUUGCCAGUGGCGGCAUCGGCACUCUCUCACCAAUGGCAGAGGCGAGCGGCGCAGAUGGCGGGAACAGCGGUACCACAUCUCGGUCCGGCCGGUCGCGGGCACGCCACGGCUCGUCGCGCAAGUCGAGCUCCGGCCUAUCGCGGAGCAAGGGCGAGUCGGGCAGGCUCUCGGCCGCCGAGCGCCGGCAUGCCGACCUCGAGGCUGCGCUGGCGGUGGACGAGGCCGCCGAAUCCGCGCGCAACCAGGAGAUCCAACUCCGUCUCGAGUCUGUUGAGCUCAUUGACAACGAGAUCUUUGCGCCCGACGGCUUUGCUCUCAUCCUCUCGUACUCAAAGGUGCUGCAGCAGGUGUUUGCCAGUGUGGCCCAGCAGUACGCGACGCCGAGGCUGGCCCAGCGCCCGAUGCAGGUGACGACGAUGACGCGGCUGACGCCUGCCACGCUCCGUGACCUCUUCCUCGCACCGGACCUUGGCAACGUCGGCGACGUCGGCGCAGUUCUUACCUUUCGGGCGCUUGCCCUGUUUUUGGCCGACAUCGGCGCGCUGUCUGCACCGACCGACGUGCCGUCGCCACUUUUUGGUGAGGACACGGCGCCGCUGAAAACCCCGCUCCGCGGCCUGCUCACGCUGGAUGUGCUCGCCAAGCUACUCUCGCUGCAGGGCUGUCCCGGGUUUGAGCGCGACGGCGAGCUCAAUCUCGGCAAGGAGCUUGUCUUUUAUGAGUUUGUCCUUGUCCUCGCCGCCAUUGCUGUCUUUGAGUUCUUUGCCGCAGACAUGUCGUUCCCGGCCAAGCUCGAGCGAGUCUUUGUGGCCAUUCUCCAGGCCAGCGACGCUGUGGCUCUGGACAGCGCCGAUCCAGUUGUACUCUAGCCGUCAGCGAGCGGAAUGGUUGUCCAAACGCGCCGCGACGCGGGAAGUCAAAGGUCUUUACGAGGCUGAGGCAACGGCAAAGUCCGGCAUGGGCUCGGGAAGCUCAUGGACGAUAGGCCCGGCGCACAUGGCGCAUUCGCCCGAGGCCUCAGCGCAGGUAUCGCAGGUGGCGUUAAAGCGGCCGAGCUGGUUGCGGCCGUACGAGGUCG